AGACAUCGGGACGGAACCGUGACUGUCUUUUGCUGUCGCCGACCGCGCCGGUCAAGCUGAUGUCCGACGCACAGGCUGCGUGCAACGCGUUGCUCUCCAAGAUCUCUCGCGGAGAGGAUGCCGUGGACGAUGCGAAGAAGUUUCUGAGCUUUGGCUGCGACGUGCCGGAUGGCUUGGUCGUUGCUGCCCUUGGCCAGAGGGCCCGGAAUGUGCCAUCGUGCCCAAACGUCCUGCGCUUGAUGCUGGAGAAGAAAGCGAACCCCAACGCUGUCGACCCGCUCACUCAAGGACCGGCGAUCCACAGCGCCUGCUGGCACGGCUCGGUGGAUGUGGUAAAGAUGCUGCUGGACUUUAAGGCUGACCUGGAGGCGAAGGAGCCCAAGAUGGAGACUCCGCCGCUGAACACGGCCCUGGCUGCUGGCAAUGCCCCAGUCUGCCUGGAACUGCUGAACCGAAAUGCAGACGUGCAGUGGAAGCACCACGAUGGCGCCACCGCCCUGCACGUUGCCACAGCUUGGAUUGCGAGCUCCCACAACUCCAAUCUCCGCAUACCGCCGAUGGGUGAAGAGCCGCGGGCGGUGAUCGCCAUGAUGCUCCACAACGGGGUGGACCCCACACAGACGGAGGGCAUGUCCAAGGGCGCCGGCCGCUCCACAGGCAUGACUCCAUUGGAGUCCUUCCGCCGGGAGAUUGCGAGGUCACCCUGGCGAACCCACGAGGUCUACGGGCGAAAGUUCGAUCAAAACGCCAAAGCCAUCCACACUCUGCUGGAGCAGGCGGAGGAGGCGGUGAAGCACAAGGCAACUGGGAACAAGGCCUUCCAGGAGAAGCGCCAUGAAGCGGCGCUCGAGGCCUGGCAGAAGGGGCGCGAGACCUGGGAGAAGGCAGAUGUGCGGGGACAUCACGUGGCUGUGCUAUGGAGCAACGAGGCGGUGUGCCGCAGACAGAUGGGGGACCUGCAGGGCGCCAUCAAGGCGUGCGAGGAGGGCCGCCAGCACUUCACCACGCCACAGAUUCAGCAGAAGCUGGACCACAACUUGGCUGAAGCAAAGAAAGGGCCCAAGGAAGUGUCGCCGGAUGAAGUCCAGAAGAAGGAGGUCUUGGUGCAGCAGCUGAAGGAGAAGACCAAGCAGCAGAAGGAGGAGUUCAAGGAGAUCACCAAGAAAGCGGUCAAGUCGGACGGCGGGAUCUACGGCGAGCAGGGCAGCGCCCAGAAGGACUAUGUGGUGCCUGGGCCCUUCAUUUGUCCCAUGAAGGAGGCCCAGGACAUGGGCUUGGGGCCGCCUCCCGAGCCCAAGCCGUGGUGGGAGAAGAAGGAUGCGGACUCGGACGAGGAGCCGGAGAGGACCAAAAUCGGCUAUUUGCCGGCUCACCACCCCAAUUGGUAGGAAGUGUGUCAUAGUGUCAAAAAGGGAUCUGGACCACUUUAAGGGGGGGUGUCGUUGUUUUGGUAGGUGU